CUUUUGCCUCUCAUCUCUGAACCUGCUCAGAGCCGCUCGGAUCAAUUCACACACACACCAGUCCAAGGAAAGAGCAGAACCCGACACUGGCAAACACUCAGGAAAAAUCCUCCCAUACAUCGUUUUGGGGCUUUCGAUGACUGACAACACGGAUGUUAGUGUGUGUGUUUUUGAACGAAGGCGGUGUUUAUGGUUGUGAAUAUUUUGAAACGCAGCUCUUGAAACCUGUAAGAUCGCACAUGAUCUAAAAUAUUAUUUGUUUGCCUCGAGAAAGAAAAAAACACCGUUUCAUUUUAAAUCAUGGUUGUGGAUACACAUCUCGCGGAUAUUUUAGGACAUGUAAAUACAUGGAUGAUUCCAGAAUUGUUGGUAAGUGCGGCACCAUUAAAAGUAACGUUAAUGGUUUGGGAACACAUUUGUUAUUAAAUUUCUCCUGUACGUGUAAAUAUAGAAUCUAACGCAUGAGUAUUUUGUUUUUAAACGAGUCUUAUUGCGUUUUCGUGGUGCGAAGAGCAACACUGUCACAUUUGCAUUGAGUAUUUUAAUACUCCGAGACUGUAAGCGAGAGCCAUGAUGGCCAAACACUGUCCUAAUGAUGACCUGAGUAAGAUCCCAGACGAGGAACUGGUCAGGUGGAGCAAAGAAGACUUGAUCAGGAGACUGAGGAGGGUUGAUGGUGAGAAGAUGAGCCUGAUGCUGGAGCAUAGCAACAUGAUGAAGGAUGUCAACCGCAGUCUGCAGGUGCACCUCCACGAGAUUCGCAAUCUCAAGGAGAUCAACCAGAAACUGCAAGACGACAACCAGGAGCUCAGGGAACUCUGCUGCUUUCUGGACGACGACCGGCAGAAAGGUAAGAAGCUGUCUCGGGAAUGGCAGAGGUUUGGGAAGUUCACGGCGAGCUCCGUAUGGAAGGAGGUGAGCACCUAUCAGCAGAAGCUCAAGGAGCUGGAGAUCAACCAGGAAAACGUUCUGCGGGAGAACGCAGAGCUGAAAGACAUCAUUCUCAUGUUGGACGAGGACAGGAAUGGAGCUGGAUCGAGGAGUUCUAUUGACAGCCAGUCCAGCCUGAGCAACCUGAACGGAGGAUCGGGCACUGUAAGAGAUGUUGGCGAUGGGAGCAGCACAUCCAGCGGUGGAAGCGCUGGCAGUCCAGAUCAUCAUCAUAACCAUAUCCACAAGACUGUAGAAGCGAAGAUUGGCACUGUGAGAAGAUCAAUGGAUGAUCUGUCGGCUCCGCAUCAUCACAGGAGCAUCCCCGCUGGACUUAAUGAUGCAUCCUCCAACUACAUUCGGCAGCUGGAAACCAAGGUCCGGAUUCUAGAGGACAAUAACAACAAACUGCUGUCACAAUAUAAUCCAGGAGACCUGCGCGCCCUGCGGAAGGGCAUGACCCUCUACCACUCAGAAUCACAGCUGUCUUCCCUCCCGCAGAGACAGGAAGCCUUGCUGAAUGGCACUGGAAGGCUGCAGACCAGUGAAUCUUCUCCCUCCACUGGAUUUAUCUCAUCUGCACAGAAACCUGAAGCUGUGGUUCAUGCAAUGAAGGUUUUGGAGGUCCAUGAUAAUCUGGAAAAACAGCUUCCAGAGGAAAGUGAGGAAGACCUGAGUGAGAAAGAGAAAGCCAUAGUGCGGGAAAUGUGCAAUGUGGUGUGGAGAAAGCUGGGCGACGCAACAGGAACAAAGCCGUCCCUCCGACAGCAACUCUCUGGUAAUCAGUUCAAAGCUCCUCUAUAGCGAGAACAUCUCCUCAUCCUCCAUGCAGGACCAAAAUGCUUAGGUGACACAAACGCUCCACCUUCUUCCAUGUCAGAUCAUUUGGAGCCAAUCGUGCCAUUGACGUUGGAUCACUGCACACCAGUUUUCAGAUUUUCCUUUCAGUGAACGUUCAAAGCAAUAAUCACAUUAACCUAACAUUAUUACCUAAUAAUUAUAUACUUUUCUUUGUUGACAUAAUGGUUUUGGAUUGAAUCAUGGUUUCGGCCAUAAUGGUGCAUCUUCGAUGAGCUUUUGCACCAAUCCGGGACCAAUGUGGCCAUAUGUAGACUCAGAGGAGAACCACAAAGGAUGAUAUCAUUCGGGUUGAGGAUCAAGAAGUCUGGCAGCUAGUCAUGUUUGGUAAAGCUUGCCUCUUCUGUUUUCUUUUACCUCUUUUUUUUUUUAUUAUGUCAACGUCAUAAAAGCUGAGUCCAUCAAACUUGCAAAGCGAGCAAUAGCAGAUGUUAUAGCAUCCAGUUUGUGCAGACAAUAAUCUAUAAGACGAUGUAAGAUAUGUAUAAAGGUUUUAAAUCAGUUUAUUA